AUGGCUCUGAAGCUCUCUUACUUUGACAUUCGCGGACUCGCCGAGCCGGUGCGUCUCAUCUUCGCUGACAAGCAAAUCGCCUACGAGGACAACCGUAUCAGCCGUGAUCAAUGGGCUGAGCUGAAGCCAAAGAUGGUUGAAAUGAGCGUCGAUGUUUGUGGUAUGAUGAGUCUUUUUUCAGAUCUUCGGUCAGGUGCCGUGCCUGCAGAUCGGUGAUGAGGAGCUCGUCCAAUCGGGAGCCAUUCUCCGUCACCUGGCCCGUAUCUAUGGUGAGUGAGAGGGAACAUUAGAGAGCUAAACUGAGCAGCCACUUCGGAAACAUUUAUUGAAUCACUAGUUUCUCCGGUUUUUCAGGCCUGAACGGAUCCAACGAGACCGAGACGACGUUCAUCGACAUGUUCUUCGAAGGACUCCGUGAUCUUCACAACAAGUAUGCUCAAAUGAUCUACGGAGACUACGAGAACCAAAAGGAGUCGUACAUCAAGGACGUUCUUCCGGUCGAGCUGGCCCGUCUGGAGAAACUCUUCCGUACCUACAAAAACGGAGAGCACUUCGUUGCCGGUGAUAAGGAAAGCUUCGCGGACUACGUGCUCUUUGAGGAGCUCGACAUCCAUCUCAUCCUGACGCCAACCGCUCUCGAACGAACGCCGGCACUCAAGAAGUUCCAUGAGAGAUUCGCCGAGCGCCCAAACAUCACGGCUUAUCUGAACAAGAGAGCCGCGCUGAACACCCCGGUCAACGGAAACGGAAAGCAAUAG